AUGCCCGCCCGGAAUCGCGAGAGCCGGCCCGCGGCCAAGUCGACAAAGGAGAAGCGAGAUGACGAUAUUAUGUUGACCAAUGACAGCAGCAUAGUUUCUAAGCAGAGCGUCGUCAAACUAUAUCACAGCGACCAACCAGACUUCUUCAAGCCGUUCAUUGCCAAGUGCCAAAGGCGGAGCCCGCUCAUCAACAGGGGCUAUUGGCUGCGCAUGAGAGCAAUCGAGCAUACUGUCACCGAUUUCCUCAGACAACCCAUUAAGAAGGACAAAAUAGUAGUCAAUCUUGGCUGUGGAUAUGAUCCUCUACCAUUUCAUUUCUUACAUCAGCAGCCAGAGCUGUGCGCCCGCGCGACAUUUGUUGAUGUCGACUAUCCGCAACUCAUGCAUAAGAAGCGGGCGUGCAUUUCAAACAGUGCAGCCCUACAAGAACUCUUCCCUGUCCUCAGUAGCGGCGUCUCAGAUGGUCCGGAUGUUUGGCGAGCUGGCCAGUAUCUCGCAGUCGGCUGCGACCUUCGCAAGCUUUCCGAACUCGAAGACAUCCUCAGGAAAGAAGUCCACGUCCACGACUGCGCCAUCCUCUUUGUCGCCGAGGUCUCCGUGGCUUAUAUGGAUGUCAAGAGCGCCGAUGCAGUAGUCUCCUGGGCAAGCGCGUUUAAAGAUGCUCAAUUUUGCAUUCUCGAGCAGUGUCUCCCGGAAGGGCCAAGCCAUCCUUUUGCAUCCACUAUGCUGGGCCACUUCGAGAAACUUCACACCCACCUCAAGGUUGUUUAUCAGUAUCCCACCCUGAAAGAUCAGGAAACUAGAUUCCGGAAUGCUGGAUGGGCAUCGGCGACAGCGCGAACGCUCUGGGAGCUCUGGGGCGAUGACGAGUUUCUUCCACCAGAUCAACGUAGGAGACUAGACGCCAUCGAGCCUUUCGAUGAAUGGGAGGAGUUUGCCCUAUUCGGAGGCCAUUAUCUCCUCCUGGUUGCAGCGACGAGCACCUCUACCCGCGAGGCAGACGAUUCUCAGGUCCAAAUCCAACAUGCAAAUGCUAAGCUGGACAUGCAACCUGUUCUACGCGAUGGCAGUGAAAGCAGCCUCCGACGUUUUGGUGCUGCAUACUCGCACAGGGGCAAAGUCAUCUACCACGGAGGUUAUGGAGAGAAAACUCGACUGAGCGACUGUGAUAUCUACACCGCCGAUGCCACGUACGAAGGGAAAUUCGAGCUACAGCCUGGCAAAUCCGGUUCGAUAAUGUGCCAAACCAUCACGAAUGUGGCCUCCGGCGAUGACCUUUUCCUGCUUGCUGGGGGAAGAGAGUCUCCUAGCAAAGCCGUCGCUAGCACCUGGCUUGUGACUUCAACAGGCCGUUCCAUCAGCGCCGAGAGCUUCAAUUCCAACCGGGUGUUCAAUGGCCGCUACCGACAUUGUGCAGUGCCUGUGCUUAUCGACAAUAGAAGUGAUGCACCUGGUGUUCUCAUCUAUGGCGGCAAGUCAGAUGCAAGCACCGUCCUAGGGGAUUUCUUACUCUUCGACUUGAAGAAACAAUCCUGGUCCUUUGUACCCUCUGUGGAAUCGGAGCAAGGUUGCGGCCUUCCACCUGCACGGUUUGGCGCAAGUAUGUGCCAUUCGGAACAAUUCACUUCCAUCGGACAACAGUCAGGCAUCCUAAUGGGAGGAAUCUCUAAAGACGGGAGCAUCUUGAGCGACGUUUGGGAGUGGACGCUGAGUUGGCAAGACGGCAGCCCGGCAAUCAAGUGCACCGAAAGGACCGGGGAAAUGGGGCUCAAUAACCGAUCCAUACCAUUUGCAAGGUUUGGCGCAGCUAUCGUUCCACUCUCGAACCACUUCCUGCUGAUUGGAGGUGUCACGAAUGACCGUAUUACUAGCUGGAACGAGGAGAUCCUUCUCAUCUCACUGGGUCCCGAACGUUGGAUAAGGCCUGUUCAAAUGCCGGCUUGCCCUAGCCCGCGACCGCUUUUUGUUGGCAUUGGAGCGACGAAAGCUGACGACAAGAUCGUGCUGGUUGGUGGAGGAGCAGUCUGCUUUUCCAUGGGAAGCUUUUGGAACGCAAAAAGCUACAGCUUACGCUUGGACUACGAGCAAGAAAUGUCAUCAGCUUCUCCUGAAGAAUCAUGUGGGAAGGAGGCUGCAGAAAUGCAGACGAACGGCUCACAGAGUAUAGUAGAAGGAUCAAAGCCUGAGAAUGGCUCUUCUUCACCGGCAAUCAAGCAAAUCGGACGUACCACGGUGCAGACGAAAGAAGAAUUCGAUGCUAUAGUCGCAGCCGGGCAACCAGUCAUUCUCACCGACCUCGACAUUGGACCAUGCGUAGACCUCUGGACACCGGAUUACCUCCUUUCCCGUAUCGGCGCCGACCGCCCGGUGAUCGUACACUCUUGCCCGACAUCGCGUAUGACAUUCCAAACCAAGAACUUCAGCUACCUCAAGCAGAACUUCGGCGACUUCAUCAAGGACGUCACGGCGGGCGGACAGCUCUACUUACGCUCCGUGGCCAGCACGCAGCCGGCUAAGCACCCCACGCAACUCUCCAAGGACUUCCCCUCGCUGGCGACGGACUUCCGCCUGCCGGACGCGCUCUCGGCCGUGGCGGAGGGCGCGCACAGCUCGCCGCUGCGCAUCUCGGGCCCGGUGACGCUUUGGCUGCACUACGACGUGCUGGCCAACGUACUCUGCCAGAUCCGCGGCGCCAAGCGCCUGCGCCUGUACCCGCCGGGCGACGUCGCGCUGCUGGCCUACCCGCCCGGGGCGUCCAGCUCCAACAUUGACGUCUACGCGCCCGCCGACGAGCUCUCGCCGGCGCAGCGCGCGGCCCUGGCGCAGGCGCACCCCCACGAGGCCUUCCUGCGCCCCGGCGACGUGCUCUUCAUCCCGCCGGCAUGGAGCCACACGGCCAGGCCGGACGAGGACGUCAGUGUGGCGGUUAACGUCUUCUGGCGGAACCUGGAGAAGGAGGUGUACGCGGCCGGCAGGGACGUGUACGGGAACAGGGACAUCGCUGCGUACGAGGAAGGCAGGAAGGCAGUAGACAAGAUCGUGAAGGGGUUCGAUGGGGUGCCAAGGGAUCUGCGCAUGUUCUAUUUAGAGCGGUUGAUGGGCGAGUUGAGGGACGGAGCGGAGGGGGCUGAGGAGGUGGAGAGGAAGUAA